CCGACCGCAACCUCUCACGAGAUCUCCUGGGGGACUGACGGAGUCCGACGGUAUCAUGGCGGCCGAAGAGACGGAGGUGGAUGUUGAAGGGGACGUGGUGGCGUCGGCGGCACAGCCAGGAAGUGAUGAAAAUACAGCAUCAGUUUUACAACAAGAACACUAUCUUGAUUCAUCGUGGAGAAAUGCGAAUGGCCUUAUUCCUUGGACUCUAGAUAGCACCAUCAGUGAAGAGAACAGAGCUGUCAUUGAGAAAAUGUUAUUGGAAGAAGAGUAUUAUUUAUCUAAAAAAUCUCUUCGAGGAAAAUUCUGCCUUGCUCAAAAAGAAGAUAAUAAAAAAUACAUGAACAGGGUACAAUCUCCUACAAAACCAGCCAGUUACUCAGUAAAGUGGACGAUAGAAGAAAAAGAGCUGUUUGAACAAGGGCUGACUAAAUUUGGUCGAAGGUGGACCAAAAUUGCAAAGCUCAUUGGAAGUCGCACUGUUUUACAAGUGAGGAGUUAUGCCAGACAGUACUUUAAAAAUAAGGUAAAAUUGGGUCCUGAGAAAGAAACACAAAAUGAGAAGAGCAGCAGUGAUUGUCAAGUUGAAAAUGAAGAUAAAGGGACAGCAGCCCAGAUGCCAUCAUGUUUAAAGGGUUGUAUUGAUCCUAAUUUGAAUGCUGUAAGGAUUGAAAAGUUAUCUGAUGAUGAAGAGGUAGACAUCACAGAUGAGUCAGAUGAGUUGAUUGCUCCAACACCACAAAAGAACCCUAACAAUUGUCUCUCAUCUGACAGUCCUAAUAGUAAAAUCCAUGAAACCAGUCGAGGAGAAUGCAUACCCCAGGAAAGUCCCUUUUCCCAGUCUUCCAGGGAGUAUCUUCAUAAUAUAAAGCAAGACGAAAUGGAAACACAUUCAAGCUCAGAAAACACAGUGUGGACUGGAAAACAGAGCAGCAAUGGCAAAAACUCAGCUGAGUUAAAUGAUCAGAAACAUAAUAAAUUGCAUGAUGGAAACAUAGUAAUAGAUGAUGCCAGGCUGUGGCCUUCUUCCGAGCCUUGUGAAAUUCAGAAAGAUACAAGUGCUAAUGAAGUGCUUUUUCAUUCUUCUUGCCAAGUGGUGGAGGAGAGCCAUGAGGAAGAAGAGCUUAAGCCACCAGAACAAGAAGUAGAAAUAGAUAGAAAUAUCAUUCAAGAAGAAGAAAAACAAGCAAUUCCUGAGUUUUUUGAGGGGCGCCAAACUAAGACACCAGAGCGCUAUUUUAAAAUUAGAAAUUACAUUUUGGAUCAAUGGAAGAUAUGCAAACCAAAAUACUUAAAUAAGACCUCAGUACGCCCUGGCCUGAAGAACUGUGGGGAUGUUAAUUGCAUCGGACGGAUUCAUACAUACCUGGAGUUGAUAGGAGCAAUCAAUUUUGGAUGUGAACAGGCUGUGUAUAAUAGGCCACAACCAGUUGAUAAAGUUCGAGUCAGAGACAGAAGAGAUGCUGUAGAAGCAUACCAGCUUGCCCAGCACCUGCAGUCUAUGCGCACUAGGAGGCGGAGAGUCCGGGACCCAUGGGGAAACUGGUGUGAUGCAAAGGAUUUAGAAGGACAGACGUUUGAGCAUCUCUCUGCUGAGGAGUUGGCAAAAAGAAGAGAAGAGGAAAACAAACCCUCCAAAUCUUCAAAAGUGUCAAGAUCGGCAAAAAGCUCUUUUGAUCCCUUCCAACUGAUACCUUGUAAUACUUUCGGUGAAGAAAAACAGGAGCCAUUUCAGGUGAAAGUGGCUUCAGAAGCACUUUUAAUAAUGGAUUUGCAUGCUCAUGUUUCCGUGGCAGAAGUAAUUGGUCUGUUAGGAGGAAGAUACUCAGAAGUUGAUAAGAUAGUGGAAGUCUGUGCAGCAGAGCCAUGUAAUAGUCUCAGUACAGGGCUACAGUGUGAGAUGGAUCCUGUGUCGCAAACCCAGGCCUCGGAAACCUUGGCUGUCAGAGGGUACAGUGUGAUUGGAUGGUAUCAUUCUCAUCCUGCAUUUGACCCUAAUCCUUCCUUACGAGAUAUUGACACACAGGCCAAAUACCAGAGUUACUUCUCAAGAAGAGGUGCAAAGUUCAUUGGGAUGAUUAUUAGUCCCUAUAAUCGAAACAAUCCUUUGCCAUAUUCCCAGAUUACCUGCCUGGUCAUCAGUGAGGAAAUCAGCUCACAUGGCUCCUACCGUUUACCUUACAAAUUUGAAGUACAACAGAUGUUAGAAGAACCUCAGUGGGGAUUAGUGUUUGAAAAGACAAGAUGGAUAAUAGAAAAAUACAGGCUCUCCCAUAGCAGUGUCCCCAUGGAUAAAAUGUUUCACCGGGAUUCCGACCUGACUUGUUUGCAGAAACUUUUGGAGUGUCUGAGGAAAACUCUGACCAAAGUAACCAGUUGCUUCAUUGCUGAGGAAUUUUUGACUCAAAUAGAAAAUUUGUUCCUUUCCAGUUACAAAAGCAAGCAAGAGGAUGGAGAGAACUGUACAAAGGAAUUGUUAGUGUAAUUAUUUUAUUUUAAAGUAAGGCAUUUUAAUCUUGACCUGAUAGAUCUUGCUUUCAAGUUUGGACAUUGAAAUGAUGCUAGUUUACUAGUAGCAGAACUAAACCAAGUUGCCCAGGCUGGACCGGAGCUUGCGAUCUUGCCUCUGUCUCUCAGAAUGCUGACAUUUCCAGCAUGCACCCCCACGCUCAGCUGGGCUUGUCCUCAUGUCGUGGUCAGCAGUGUUUGCGGAAACCAGGGCCCACCAGUCUUCCUGUCUUUCAUUGAAUAAUGUAGUAAACUAUGAAAACGCACACAGGCGGUCUGCUCUAUUGUUCUAUUCAGAUUGAUAAGUGGAAUAUUUAAUUUUUACUUACGCCCAGAUUUGUGAUUUAUUUUUUCCUAUUUCAUUGUCUCACAUCUCAUUAGAAGUACUUUCAUGUGUUCUGGUAAGAUUUGUGUAUCUGUUGUUACUUGGGAUUGCAAAUAAGAUAUGGAUGAGUGGUCACUGAGAUAAUUAACAUGAUUGAGAACUACUGAUUAAUAAAUCUAACAACAUGCUAUAAAGGGCCAGGAGAGAUGUGAGACUAUUUUUGGUAGAGAAGAGACCUAAAGGAAAGAAAGUACCAAUUUUUGAUCAUAAAUAUUUGCUGUCAUUUUAUUAUAAGCUAUCUGAAAUAUUCUAUGGAUUUCAUAGACAUACUGUAAUUAGAUCCAACUGUAUGCCCACUUACAUUUGUAUGUGAUAAAAUCUCAUUUAACUGGACCUGGUAAUUGUUACCCACAGACUAGUCCUCCCCAUCUAAUACCAGGAGGAAGUCAAAUUACAAGCUUAAAUAAACCAGUGGUUACUAGAGUUUACAUGUCCAGCCCAGUUUUCAUGUAUUUUCUGAAUAUGCACUGGAGGUCAAGCAAAAUAUGUGUAUGUCAUAAGGGUGAGUUACUAGUAAAUAAUUUCAACUUCAGACAAGAAGAGUUUCUAUCAGAACAGUCUCCUUCAUAUUUUUUGCAGUGUUUUAAAAAUGUAAGAACCAUUCUCAGGUGUUAGGCUGGACAGAAUACUGGCUGCUGGUCUACAGAAUUACAAGUAGUAGAAUGUAGUUACAUUGCUUGGCCUGAGACACUGGAGGUGCUUGCUUCAAAAUGUAAACAAGCAGUCAUGCUGUUAGCUUUUUAUUAACUAGAGAACUGAAAUUGACCCAUUCUCCCAGUAUUUUUAUUAUUGACAGUUUCACUAUAUCUAAACUAGAUGUGAUUGGACAUUUUUGCUUUAUUUGGUUGUAAUCAGUACCCAAAGAAGAAUGAGGCACUACUGAAAUGAAUAGCUUUCCGUUUUUAGGUGACCUGGAUCUCAGCCUUAUGGUUUUAGGAGAUACAAUUUGCCUUCUCUGGGCCUGGAUUCUUUUGAGUAACCGAGCUCUAAAAUAACUUCCUAGGAUUUUUCUAGGUUAAAAUUUUAGGGUUAUUCUGUUGGACAACUCAUUUAGAAUUUUUUAUAUUUUUAGCUAGCACCAUAUAAAAAUUAAUACUUUUAAAGAAAAGUAGUUUUCCCACUUCUUUGUGUGCAGCUAGGAUAAACAGUGAAGCAUGACUUAGAAGAUAAUUGCUUUGAGGGCUGGGAGUGUAACAGAUCUAGGCCUGAGCUGUUUCCCUAAUUCAGUCACCAGCUUCGCUCUGUGACCUUGGUCAGAUCAUACUACCGCCCUGGACCUUCGUCUCCUCCACUGGAAUCCAGGAGUCUGAAUUUAUGACUCGGUAUUGCCUUUCACGAAUAGGUCUGCUGUACUCUGAAAGGUAGUGAACUGUUUGUGCUGUCCCUUUUAACACUCCAUUAUGCCUUAGGGAACACCAACUAGACAUUGGUAUUUAUAUGCUUUCUUGGUGGAGACUGUAUUCCCCUGUAAGGUUAAUGAACUUAGCUGAGAGAAAUUGUUAAAAAUUCUGUUCUCACACUGGGGCCAUCUAUGUGCCAGACGUUAACUGUGUUUACUAACCUAAGCUGCACUUGGAGGAACUCAGAGAUGGUAAUUGCCAGAGUUAAAGGGUUUGGGAGCCCAAUUUUUAAAGUAAUAUUUACUUAGUAUGUUUUUCUGACUGUAGGGUACUUUAAUAUUAUAAAGUAUUUUUAAAAUGCAGAAACUUACAAAGUACAGAUAUCUCAGUACUGUAUAGUAGAAGCCACAGUUCACACAUUGGUUACAUACCCCCCCAUACACAUACAAUAUCAUUUUACUUGUUUUUAACCUUUUUUUUUUGAGACAAGGUUUAGGCUGGCCUUGAACUCAUG